AUGCUGGGAUAUACAGGGCGACAGCAGGCCAAACAGGGUAUUUCAGACAUCCCUGUCCCCAGCAACACUUUCCAGACCCUCCUAAGGGGAUCUCAAGGCCAGAUGGGAUACCAGCCCAGUGACUUUGCGACCUCUGAUGAACACACAGACGUUGGACACGAUGAGGAUGUACACCCCAACAUCCUCACAGAAACAAACGGGGAUGUACUAGACUUGGACAUCCAAACGAGCAGGGAUGUACCAGACUCAAACACUGAAACAAACUGGGACGUGCGGGACUUUAACACGGACAACUAUGAGGAUGCUGACUGGCAUCCUCGUUCGUCUCUCCAUGAAAGACGCUCUAAUCUACCCCCGGACACUCCGCCGAUGAUACGCAACAGUAACGCUGGUGUUGGUGAUAGCACCAACCAAACCAUCAACCGAACCACUGGUGGUUCAGCAGGACAGUGCGGCGAGUACAGCAGUCAGCUGACAUCUAACGGUCAGUGCCGGCUGAUGGCAACGCUGCCUCCAGUACCAGUGGGAACGUCACAAAAACGCUGCCCAGAUAUGUUUCGCUGUACAGACGAUGUCUCAAAUUGGCUCCACGAGAACCAGAACAGAAAGGAGCAGCUGGAGGACCUGAGGGAGACAAUGUCAGAGCUGCAGGAGGAGCUGAGGAACCACCGGCAUCGAGUCAAGGCCCUUGAGAUGCAGGGUGAAGAAAGGGUUAGUUUAAACUCAACCUUUGAGCAGCAGUUGCAUUCUCUGGAGUUGCGUCAUGCCGAGACCGACACGCUGCUCCACGUGCAUGCGGCGCUGCUGUACGAGCUGCAAGCACAGCUCCGCAACUUGUCAGCCACAGUGCAGCACAUGAGCCGCAACACAGGCUGCACGGUCAACGUCAUCAGAACUACACCGCUGCUCGGCAUGCGAGACACACUGCCACCAGAUGGACAGUUCCUGUCUUUCUGUGCGUCAGACUGUGCAUCUCUGUAUCACAAUGGUGUUCGGCGUUCUGGUGUUUACACCAUCGUCUUGUCACCGGGCUCCACCCUGCCUGUCUACUGCGACAUGGAGACCGAGGGCGGGGGCUGGACGGUUUUUCAGCGGCGGCGCGACGGCUCAGUGAGUUUUAACCGCGGCUGGUCGGAGUACCGAGAUGGCUUCGGCGACCCGAGAGAAGAACACUGGCUGGGCAACCAACAGCUCCACCUGCUGUCCAACCAUGGCCACUACAGCCUUCGCAUCGACCUGCAGGACUGGAGCCACGCCUACAGACACGCCCUGUACCACACCUUCAGGAUAGAGGAUGAGGAGAACCAGUACCGCCUCCACGUGUCUGGUUUCAGUGGAACAGUGGAAGAUUCGUUCGGUUGGUACCACGACCGGCAGGGCUUCAGCACGCCAGACACUGGCAACAUCUGUGCCGAGAUCAGCCACGCCGGCUGGUGGUUCCACCAGUGUUUCUACGCCAACCUCAACGGCGUCUAUUACAAGGGCGGGCGCUACUCACUUAAAGCUCAGAACUUGCUCGGGCCGGACGGCAUCGUGUGGUUCUCCUGGAAGGAAUCAGACUUCUACUCUCUGAAGGCAGUCACCAUGAUGAUACGACCACGCAACUUCAGGCCGCGCUUGUCGCCGUAGAGAUGGAGUGUUUUCUAUUGCCUGCAGCUUCUAAGGACUGCUAGCUGCUUCUAUUGGCUGCCAGAAAUACUCACUACUACAGUACCAAACAUGCAUGAAUCCGCUGCUGAAAAUAAUCCCCAUCAAAUGCAGUAUUUCCAACUGUUUGAGUAACGUUUGCUAAAAACUACAGUGCCCAUCUGUUUUUAGAAAUACACCU